AUGUCGCCUUGGAGGGCGGACCAUCCCAAGGUCCGCUUCCACAACUUUUGGGAGGAUUUGGAUCCGCGUUAUCCCCGAGCAUGCGUCGUCGUCGGGUAUAGGACGGAGAUGUUCACCCAUUCCCGCUCCAAGGGCAGACAGAUCGCAACAUUGAAAUAUGCCGCCAGUGAGGCAGAUUUCGGUGGCACACCAAUAUAUCGAAUAGAGGAGAGCGAUAUGGCCCCCAACCCGAUACUCGAACGUGCUUUUAAUAGCAGAGCUCUCGGUGGAACUUCAGCUUCCAUACUUGGCAAUAAUUUUGACUCAGAUAUAGAGAAGAGGGCGAAGAAAGUUCUGUGA